AAAAGGAGGGAGGGAUGUAGCAGUGUGUAUAUAAUGUAUAUAAUUAGUCUAUGAUAUCAAUUGUCCGAUUAGCUCAGUUGGUAGAGCAUCUGACUUGCAAGCAGAAGGUCGCAGGUUCGAGUCCUGUAUCGGGCUGCACAUUUUCCCGCUCCUAUUACACAAUUAUGCAUUGGGGGAGACAUCGCGCUUUUCUACAAAAGCAUCUUCUAGUUUGUUGUAAAACAGAUUCCCCAAACGAGAGUGAUUUCGAUUUGUGUUACAAAUACCCAGUAUUGAAAUUAGAUCGUCCAUGUCGGAGUCAUCACCGACCUUAAAAGUUAUUUUGAGACCAAAGGGCAAUAUGAUACACGCUCAAAGCCACUACAUUAGCAUCGAUUUUGACGUUUAUAAUGAAAAUACUUUAUGUUCAUUCCCGUUACCGCUGGGUAUAAUGACAUAAACACCAGUACAAAUGUGAGCAGCUCGGAAAGGCAUGUUAUUUUUUUUUCUGUCCUUAAUCUUAGCUUUAUGCACUGCCCCACCCCAUUCGCUCCCGCGAAAUAAAGGUUAAUAUUGAAGCUUAAAUUUAUACACAAAAGUAACAACUUAAAUUAAUACACUAUCUCCCAUAUAGAUAUUCAUGCAGAUAGAACAUUUAUGCGCUUGGUCUGUCAAUAUAGAUGAAAUAUUAAUGUAAAAGAAACAUCUAGGAAACGCGACACAUGAUCCAGUAGACAAAACUAUUCUUUAAUUGAGUAUAAGCUUACUGUUUAUGACAGCGAUUGUUAUCAAUAAAAUGAUUUUUCCAAUAAUCAAUUUUCACUUUUGUUGACUUACAUCUUAUUACAACAGUAGCUUUGGAUAAUCUUUUAUUUUAUGAUCCUUGUUGUAUACAAAUUGAAAAUAGAAUGGGCAUUAAUAACGCUUCAGGUUUUCUUGAGUUGUAUGGGCGUUUUACUGUUUGUUGUAGGUAGUAAGUCAUAAUGUAAAUGUACAUAAGAUAUUAUUGGAUUAAACCGGUUAAAAUCAGGUGUAUGAAAACAUUAUUUAUAUAAUUUAGAAUAUAAUUAGAUUAGGGGAAGAUAGUUAAUAUAUACGCUAUAUAACGUAUAUUCUAUAUAAAAUUAAAAAAUUAUUUAAAAAGUUUAUUUUUUAUAAAGGAAUAAAUACUGGAAUUAGUGAUAAGGAUAAGAAAUGUUUUAGAGAAAUACAAGAAAUGAAGACAUUAGAUGACAAAAUUGUUUGAAAGACAGUCUGUGGAAUUUCCUGCCAGUUGUUACUCAAACUGUAGAGCAUAGUUUUGCGAAUCCAUGUGGAUAUAAGGAUGUCGGCACGUAUUGGGCAAAGGCGAAAGAUUUAUCCAAGCAAAUACCGACAGUACAAAGAUGGUUCGAUGAAUGGCAAUAUUACUCGGAUACUCAGCAACCCCUCGCCACCAGUCAAAAGUUACAGCAAAGUUCAGACGGAAAACAAGGUGUCCGCACCCAACAACAAAACCCCUCGAGAGAUAUACUCCAGAGAACGUGGAUGUCUUCGUACAGUUAUUAACUACAACAAUAAUCACGUGAUGCCUGCAGCAGAUGACAAAAAUAGUUUCCAAGAAAUGCCUGCGACAGACGGCAAGCAGAAUUUCCAAGAAAUGCCUAUAGAUGAGUGUCGACAAGUAUACAGGGACGAGAUUAAUACACUUUGGCGGGAAGUUGAAGAUUUCAGAAUUACUUGCAAGAAAGAGAUGGUGCGACAAAGAACUUUGCUAGACAAACAUCGCAUAGAGUGCGAGGAGGCACUGAAGAAUGGAAACGUUUCCUCGAGGGCCCCUGAUGUUACUGAAGGCAAAGACUAUACAAAUGAAUUGAAUACCUUGAAGGAAAACAUGCAGAUAUUGGAGAAGAAACAGAAACUGCUAGACCAGGAAGAGGAGAUUGUCGAGAGAGAGGAACAACUCGCAAAAAGACAGGAGAAACUAAAAGAAUACGAAAAGGACGUUGAGGAAGCCGAGGCAUUGCUUGACAAAAGACAAAAUAUUGCAAAGAGGCGGUCACAAGAUGUAGAGUUUCUUAAUCAUGAUCUGCUGACGAUAAAGCAGGACCUAGAAGAGUCUAUUAGCUCAGAAGAGCGUAAUAUGGACAGUUCAGAAACCGGAAAGACUGAGGCGUCAUGGGAACAAACGGCAAGUGAUACUAGUGAGCUCAUCAACUCUCCUGAAACGUCAUGCAAAGCCAGGAGGAACUGGCAGCUAGCCCGGCGUCAUUUAAUCGACAAGGUAACAUUGUUGGAGACGACGAUACAGAGAUAUAGGACCCAGGUAGCCUCUUCCUCGGCUACCAUUACAGCCAAAGACAUGGUUAUCUCCAGACUACAGAAAGAGCUCAACAUGUUGGUGACAAGCAUGAUAAGCAUGACAAACACGAGAAUUCGUUAUCUCCUGGACUAUUACGACGAAGAACUUGGGGAGAUAAGGAAAACACAAACAGUCGACCAAAUACACCCCUCAAAGGCGAUUCAAAAAACAGUAAACCGGAAGACGUCCGUUCAGAUAACGGAAGUACUCAUAUUAAAUCUGAAAUACAUGAGGACAUUGAAGCACAAAGUGACGCAGGUACUCUAGCAGAGAACUUGGAUGAAUUAGGAAGCAAAGCUUGUGCUGUUAUGUGAUAAAAGGUUAUUAAAAACACAGAAAUGAUUUUGUAUAUGCUCAACUUUUGUCCGAUUAUAGAUUGAAAUGCUCAUUUAUUACGUAUUAAAUGCUUGUUUAAGUUAUAACAGUCGGAAAAAUUUUAAAUGCAGAGCUCACUCAAUCAAUUUAAUUCUUAAGUGUAUAUGAAUGACAUUAUGUUUGAACACAAUAAAUAAACUUUCUAUUGAUAUUAA